AUGGGUAAUAAUAGUGACCGAUGUGAUAACAAGUGGAUAUCUUUGACAAAUAGAUCUAAUCCUCCAUGGAAAAGUUUAAGCACAGUCGCAUAUACUAGUAUGGCAGUAAUAGCAGCAACUACGGGAUAUGUAUUUGUGCGUCCAGCUAGAAAACCGGUGAAUCUAUCUAAAACAGUUACUCAUAUGCCGUUAGAACAAGGACAGAAUAUAGUGUUGGACACUGCAGCAGAAAAGCCACAGAAACGCCUACUUGAAGAGUCUUGGAGGAGUAUUUCGUUGACUUCAUUACCAACCUUAUCCAUGGAAUUUCAUUCAGUACCUAGCAUUUCUUUACGUAAAUGGAGUAAAAAACAUGCUCUUCGACACAGAGAAUGGGAAUCAAGUUUGUCUAAAGGAUAUGAUGUUACACAUACAUCAAUUUGGAAACCAUAUUUUGGACCUUUUAAAGCACGAAAAAAAUUCUUUUCUAAAUCUUCAAAAUUUAUGGUUCGUCAAUUAUAUCCUUUUAAGUCCAAACGUCCAGCAGUUUCUCUUGUACCUAUGCAAGAUGUAGACAGUCAACUUUCUUCGUCAAUUUUUAGUAUGGAUAGUAUAUGCGAUUUUUCGAAUGAUAGCAUGUUUUUUUCGGAUCCAGAAUUUGUUUCAUAUAAGUAUUCAGCAUCUCCAUCUAUUAAGCCUUUAUUUCUUAUGAAAGAUAUUCCUUUAAAUGUGUAUUCUAUGCCUGAAUCUGAAAAAAGGCUGUUUAAUAAAGACAUUUAUCCAGGCAAAAAAUGCAAUGUUCGGGUUGACCAAAUUUUUGAUGUUAUUAACCCAUUAAGCAAACUUAUGCUUGAUGAUAGAGAAAUUUAUGAGUUGCGAAAAUCAUCUAAUAAGCAAUUAUUUUCCACAACUAGUGGUUUCUCGGAUGAAAAUUUCCUUGAUAAAGUAGAAUUGUUGAACAAUAAAGCUAAAAAGAGUAUUGAUAAUGCAUCAAAUGAUAUUUUAUGGGAUAAUUUUAAUGAGGUUGAAUAUACUGAUCAGAAAAAAAUUUAUGAAUCUUCUACACCUACAAAUAUUUUUUUAAUGAAUGAAAGAGUACCGAAUUUUUAUUCACAGUAUAAUGAAUUUCAAUGGAAUGAUGAAUAUACAAAAAAGGAAUCAAAUGAAGCAUGGGACGAUGAUUUUGACACAGAACUUAUUGUACCAAUUGAUAUUGCUGAAAGACAAGAUACUAUUAAAAGCCAUCUUGGGAGUAUACGAAAAUUUGCAUCAUUAAUUGAGGAUUUGAAAGAUUUAAGGAGAAUUGCUCAAAAAGAAGGGGAUAACGAUGAAAUAUGGCCAGAAGUUGAGGCAAUUAUUGCAUUAGGAACUCUAGAAAACGAUGUACCGGAUAUGCAUGAAGAAAAUUUGAAUAAUUCUACCGUUAACCAGAAACAAAAUAUGCUUAGAGAAGUUAUUAUGAGGGCUUUAGGAAAACAAUUUCCCACGGGAGAGAGGAUUGGUUUGGAUCCUGAUAAUUUACCUGGUUUUGUUAAUUAUGCUAAUUCAUUAAAAGAAAGAUGCCAAGGAAUUAUUGAUCCUAUUCAUCAUACACUUUCCAAUAUUAAUCGCCAAAAUGUAUAA